AUGAUAUCGAUUAAUAAUAAUCAACAACAACAACCAUUCAUUAUUAAAGAACACAAUAAUAGUGAUAACUUUUUUACACGUCCGAUAGUACUCCCUCAACCUAGACCUUGUCGUCGAGGUAAAGUUGCUCAACAUCAGUACAAUGAAGAGUUAACCAAUUUCAAUGAUUUAAUCAACAAAGUAUCAACUGCAACAAACUGUCUUGUUGUUACUCAUGGAUUUAUUCAUUAUACAGAACCAUUGGGUGUGGGAGUUGGAGAAUAUGAUGAUACUCUAUCACAGGCCGAUCAAAUGUACUUGACAUCAAUACGAAUAGAUCAUAGUCUAUCCAACAAAACCAAACACCUUACAGAUACACUAAACAAUUGGGGUGUAUGGGCCAACGGCAAAGAAAGAGAUCGUUUAUCUGCACAUCUCGUCAUUUUCUUCAACUAUGCUGCCGAUAUACUAAUCACUCAAGACACCUACUCAAUGUAUCGAUCAUUUAUAUAUGCGUCAAACAUAUCAUUCAACAUAUCCGAUGCUCCACUCAACAACACUCUGUUUGAUUUAUUCAACAAAUCUCCAGGCACUGAAUUACUGCCUAGAGAUGAUGAUUUAUUGGAUCAGUUCAACUGUUCGAACAGAAUAUAA